AUGCCGUCCGCCACUCCCAAGAUGGAUGUUCUCGCCUUGUUAGAUGCCUAUAGCCAGGUCCAUGAACGGGCGCAGAAGGAUCAAAAGGCGUCUACCUGGCAGCUGACGUUGGCACGAAAGAGCACAGGACGCGGCGGAGCUCUGAUGAAUGGAGUCAUGGUGGCGGAAGAUGUUCGCGAGGAACUGCGUGCCAUCAAAGUCUUGAAGUGUACUGCCGAUGAACCAGAAUUACAAGAGGAGGAAACAUGCAAGAAAUUGCAACGACAGUUUGUCUUGGCCAAUGCGACUGACGAGGAGAAGAAGCAAGAAUCAGCAUCGACCGCUGCGGAGACUACUACAACUGGACUACGUCGUCGCAAAGGCAACGACGACAAGGAAAAUCAAGCCGAGAAUGAGUGGACGGUGGAAAAGGAAGAAGAGUUAGAUGAAGAGGAUCGGUUGCGACGGGCGGAUCCUUUGGUCUUUUUUGGAGCAAUGCCACCCAAGGAGCUGCGAAGAGCACAGCAAGAGGCACAAAGCGCACUGGCGAGGUAUGUGGAAGCUGCCAAUUUGAUUGUGGCCAUUCAGCAGAGCAUGCAGCAAUAA